AAUCAACAAACAAACAAUUUCUACAAAACCCAAAAUACAUCCAGUACUCAUCUCAGGCCACAAGCAAUAUCAUGGGGAAGCCUGUUGUUUCCUUGAGAAUCGCAUCCUCACUUGUACUCAUAAUCCUUGCUGUUCUGAUUGCAGGCAUGUUGAAACCGGGUGAGUCAAGAACGAGUCCAUCAGUGCAGUUAGCGGAUCUGGGGAAUAAUCAGCUGGCCAUGGGAGGAACCAACGGUACUAAUUACUCUGUUGAACAGGAGGAUACGCCGCCCGCGCCGGCUUGCACCCAUCGCAACCAAUGCGACGAUUACUGUAACUCAAUGAACCCUAAUUUAUCCUCCAAUUGCUAUGGUGGAGUGUGCUCCUGCAGUUUGUGCUGAUCAACCGAAUCAUUCCGCUUUCCUUUGGAUCACACAAACACGAGCCAAGAGAAGACAAUGAAUAAAAAGAUAGCAGAGCAUGCAGUACUGGUAAAUCGCGCUCUGCUGCUAGCUGAUCAUAUCCUCAUACUCUAUUUAUAUUUGCUGCUUUUUUGUCUACUUCACCACGCGGUUUUCUAUCGCCUUUGAGACGAAGUGAAUAAAAUGAACUAAAUUCUCUUUUAGUCACUCAACACUAUAUCAUCAUCUCCCGGGCAAAACAAUGAAGUUUAAUAAAAAAUAAUAUUUAGG